AUGGCUGAAAUUCGGAAAUUUGAAAUUUCAUUUCCCCUCACUAUACGCUUGAAGCACGGUAUCCACACAAUUUUCCUGUUUGCAAUGCCCGACUGGACCUUUUCGCGACUCACCGCCGAGCUUCUAUUUAUCCUCCAAGACCGCUACCCGGACGGCCUGACCACCUCGAUCUCUCGAGCCAUCACGACAUCGGUUCCAGCCAGCGGGGAUGAUGUCAAGGUCGUUUAUGCGCGUCCCAAAAACCCCAACGACUUGUCUGAGGGAUGGAAGAAUCUAAAUGCUCAGCCUACGGACACGAUAGCUGAGAAAGGACUCAAGGAGAACUGCGCUGUGGCUUUCGCGCUGUUGGACCCCGAGGCGGAUGUUGAGGAUGUUGAGUUUCUCGUCGAGCUUCCCAUGCAAGAUUACGAUGAGGCAUGA